CACCCUUGGCACCAUAACUUUUAAAUCACAUAAGGGAAGGUAGUAACUUCCAAGAUUACUCAAGGUCAUCAGAGUAAUUUUAAUGAUCUCUUUCAUUCUAAAUUCUGUGCACCAGUGAGCCAACUUUUAAAGUAUAAGAACAGUUGAGAGAUUGUGGAAGAAGCAUCAGACCAGCAAAUUGCUUUUGGAAAUUCGCUACAGGAUCCUUGUUAAGUGGGAGUCGAACAGUCUCGGUGUCAAAGCCAACCCAUAUUGAGACCUGCUUUACCACAGUGGAUACUUGGUAAUGCAGAAUAUUUUAUCUCAUAGUCUGGGUAGAUAAAGCAUGGCAGAAGGAGCACAUCAGACUUCUUCAGCUAUGACGAGGCCAUCAGCGAUGCUGUUCAAGAAGCUCCACACCUUCAUCAACUGGAGAGAGAACAGAACAUCUGCCCUUCCACAGAGGAGAAUUACUCAUGAGGAGGCAGAAGAAGAGGAGUUCAGCUACCAAACUACUGGCUGUCUCUCCUCCUACUACAGCAUCUUUGUUGCACGCCUGGCCAUCAUGGUCAUGCUGGCCAUUUUAAUUGGAAUGCUAACCAUACUGACCUGGCAUUUUACAAGGGUUUAUACAACAAAGUCUAUAAAUAGCUUAGCUUAUGGCCUUCGCUAUGAAAUCCUACAGCGGCCCAUUUUACGAAUGUGGAACAUCCUGAAUUCCACUGUAGAACUAACAAUGGCCCAAGUAAAGCUAUCUGAAUAUGUCAUAGGGAGUUAUGACAAGCCAUCAGCCCAAGAACAAGUUGAGCUACAUCAAAUGAUGAGGGAUGUAACAUGGGCACUAUUUUCAAGCAGAAGAGCUCUUGAUGCAAUAACUAUAAGUUACAGAAAUGGAUUUGUCCAGGCAUUUCACAGAGACCGCCUGAGCAACAGUACAUUCUACAUCUACUCUGAACUUGUAAGUGAAGGAGAAGCUCAAGGUGGCCAUCUUCACCAAUCUAGAGACAAAAAUGCCUCUGCCAUUUGGUAUAGAGAGAGACUUAAUCCUGUCACUGGUGAAAAAGAGGGUGAUCGGAGGCAAAUCCCCCCAGAUGAUCUGAUUAACAUUGCUGGUCUCCCGGAAGUACAAGAUGGUGCUGCUUCUUGGCACGUAGCUGUGUGCAAGUAUUCAGAUUCACCACUGCUUUCAGCAGCAUUACCAGUCAGGCAUCCUAAUGGAGGAAGCAUAGUGGCAGCUGUUGGUGUCACCACAGCAUUUAAAGGUGUUGCUCAGCUGAUGAAGGAACUUGUAGACUUCCACAGUGGCUACAUGUAUUUGACUUCUUUGGAAGGUUAUGUACUUGCAACAUCUACAGAUACUCCAUUGUUGAGGAAUACAACUACUGGUCGGAAGCUCAUGCUGGCUACUGAUUUGGAAGAUCAUAUUCCAAGAGCAGGAGCAGAGUGGCUACAGAGAGCAUAUGGAAAUAAGUUUCCAAUCAAUCAUGAAGUUCAUGCUCAGAAUGUCUUGUUGGGAAAUCAGCGAUAUUACAUAGACUCAUUUUUCCUAAAUUUAAAAAGGCUCCCUUUGGUGGGGGUGAUCAUUAUUCCCAGAAAAUACAUAAUGGGAAAGGUUGACCAUAUAGGAUUUACGACCCUGGUUAUAAUGAUAUCUGCAUCUAUUUCCAUUCUUGCUAUUGGCUGUGUUUGCAUAUUGAUACUGACAAGUGGUGUCUCAAAGGCAAUGAAACUCAAAGCACAACUAAUAAGUCAUUUAGAUGCAAGAAGGAAAGCGGAGGCAUCAAGCAACUACAAAAGCCAGUUUUUAGCAAACAUGAGUCAUGAGCUGCGAACACCAAUGGCUGCAGUUAUUGGGUUGUUGGACAUUCUUAUAUAUGAUAACUGUCUUACAAAUGAGCAAUUUGCUACACUUACACAGAUUCGCAAAUGCUCAACUGCUUUACUUCGGCUUCUAAAUAACAUCUUGGAUCUCAGUAAGGUUGAAUCUGGAAAGUUAGUACUUGAAGAAGCAGAAUUCGACUUGGGGCGAGAACUUGAAGGACUUGUGGAUAUGUUCUCAGUGCAAUGCAUUGACCUUAAUGUGGAGACCAUACUAGAUCUCUCUGAUGACAUGCCAAAAGUAGUUCGAGGAGACUCUGCAAGAAUAGUUCAAAUAUUUACAAAUCUCAUAAGCAAUUCCAUAAAGUUCACAUCAGAGGGCCACAUUAUUUUGCGUGGAUGGUGUGAAAGCUCAAAUCGUACAACACUGCCUGAGGGUUCCAAAGAUCAAAAGAUGUCGCAAUGCACACCCAGAAACAAAUUAAAGCAAAAUGAGAGUAUUUUGAAAAAGGAGUACCAGAAAAAUGAUAGAAUUACUCUGUGGUUUGAAGUUGAAGACACAGGCUGUGGAAUUGAUCCAAGCAAAUGGGAAUCAGUAUUUGAAAGCUUUGAGCAAGCUGAUCCGUCAACGACACGAACGCAUGGAGGAACUGGUCUUGGCCUAUGCAUUGUGCGGAACUUGGUAAACAAGAUGGGCGGAGAAAUAAAGGUUGUGAAGAAGGAUGGCCAGGGGACCUUGAUGCAGUUAUACUUGGUCCUUGGAAUGCCUGAAGAUGGCACCGUAAAUGGCUUCCAGGCAGAAUUUUGCAGGUAUAGUUUUAAGGUCUUGCUGGCAUUACAUGGCAGACAAAGCAGAUUUAUUAUGUCCCAGUGGUUGAGGGAAAAGGGGGUUUUCACAUGGGAAACAUCUGAAUGGAAUGGACUGACCCAAAUCCUUCAGCAAAUUUUCCAAGAAAAUAUGGAGUGCUCAACAAGUGAAUCAUUAAACAUGAGCAGAAUGAGAGUUGCUCCCAGGGAAACCAAUCUCGACAAAAUGGGAGGUUCGGAUAUUCUCAUCGUAGUGGACAUCGCACUGCUAGACCAAAGUACAAACAUAUGGAAUCAGCAGCUGAUUUUCUUAGAGCAAUACCGUGGAAAAGCAAAAUUUGCAUGGAUGUUAAGCCAUGAUACCUCCAAUGCCAUCAAGGUGGAACUGCAACGGAGAGGGCAUUUUUUGACAAUUAGCAAACCAUUAUACAAGACAAAGAUGAUCCAUAUCUUGGAUGCUGUUGUAAAUGAGGUAAACUUCAAAAACCAAACAAGUAGGAAUCUGUUAAACUCAACCAUGGAUGAAGACUUCCAUGAUAGCCAUGAGUUGGAUUCCAUUCAUUUUGAUGCUAUCAGUUCAGAUGAUUCUAAUACAUCUGAUCUAGAUAAACAAGAUUCAAAAAUUCAUACAUUUUCCAGUGAAGAAGAAAGAAUAGAAAGAAUUCCAGAAUCUCAUCAACCUCAUUCUAGUUCAAGAAAAAUGUCUACUCAAAGGGUCUCCAUGGAUAAAAUUAUAAAAAACCCCAACAUUUUGCUGGCAAUGGGAAACUCACUCAAUAUGUCAGAAGAUUUUGUCGAAACUGACAAGCGUGGAAAUAAAAGCAAGGACUAUGCAAGUUGGUAUGAGCAUAAAGACAUCGAAAAGAACAUAAUCAGUUCAGUAGAUGACGAAUUACAAGAUAUAAAAUCCCAUUCAGCAGUUGGCAACAAAGAUGCCUUUCUUAAGUUGAAUCAGCUGCACAAUGAAGGAGAAAGCAUGAUAGAGCAAGAAUAUCAAUGGAAUGCCAAGCCUAUUUUGUAUGACCAAGGAGAAACCAAGCAGAAAAUGACGGCAAAAAUAAAUGUGGCAUCAUCAGGUAAUACUCAUGUGGAAGGAAUGGAAAAACAACUGAGCAUAGAAAGGUCAACUGAACUUACUUGUAGAAAUUCAAGGCUCCUUAAAAGUCAAGAUAUGCAUUAUAGCGUGCAUAAGGGUGACUGUGUAGCUUCAAAUACAAUAGUUCCAGACCAAAAUCCUCUUGGAGGCUUACAUAUACUGCUUGCAGAAGAUAAUCCAAUACUACAGAGAGUUGCAACAGCAAUGCUGGAGAAAAAAGGAGCCAAAGUUGUGGCUGUAGGAGAUGGAAUGCAGGCAGUAGAUGCUAUAAAAUGCAUGUUAUGUGCUGAAGAGAGUAAAAGACAAAAUUCAACUCAUCAAGAUGGUGUUGCAGGACUAAGUGAAUUGCAAAAAUAUCCAUCAUUUGAUCUGGUUCUAAUGGAUUGUCAGAUGCCCAAGCUGGAUGGCUACGAGGCAACAAAAGCAAUUAGAAAUCUCGAGGCAGGAACUAGUUUGCAUAUACCAAUCAUUGCAGUGACUGCACAUGCAAUGUCCUCUGAUGAAGCCAAAUGCUUGGACGUGGGGAUGGAUGCAUACCUGACAAAACCAAUUGACAGCAACUUGAUGGUAUCUACUGUUCUCUCCCUGACUCAGAGAGAUGUUUGACAGAGAACUUGUCAUCGUGAACGAUAUGUUUAAGCUUUUAAUUGUUCAAGAGAACAGGUUUUGUUCAUAAAUGCCUUCAGCAACAAAUAGUAUAUUGUACAGUUACGAGCAAUUAUAUUUGAAGCAUUACUGCAGAU